CGGCGGCGCGGGCCCGGAACGCGGGGCUCGCGGCCGCCUAGACCGGGACAUGUACCGGUGCCGCUUAGCUACUCUGGUUGGGACCGGGCUCGUCUGGAGCGGGAGCAGCUCAGCGGGGCGGCUCGGCCGGGCGUCGGUGGCCGCCCGUGCGUGGGCCUCGGGAAUGGGGAACACCACCACAUCAUCGUCUUUAGGGAAGUCAGCAAGUACUCCUGUGAAACAGAUCCAACAAACCAUUUCUGACAAUUGUGUGGUGAUUUUCUCAAAAACAUCCUGUUCAUACUGUAAAAUGGCAAAAAAGAUUUUCCACGACAUGAAUGUUAAUUAUAAAGCUGUGGAAUUGGACAUGCUUGAAUACGGGAACCAGUUUCAAGAUGCCCUUUGCAAAAUGACCGGGGAGGGUACAGUCCCACGCAUUUUCGUCAACGGGACGUUUAUCGGCGGCGCAGCCGACACUCAUCGGCUACACAGGGAGGGGAAGCUUCUGCCCAUGGUGCGCCAGUGUUACUUAAAGCAGAGUAAGAUGGAGGGGGUCAGUGAAACCGCGACCCCUCGCAUGCUCUGAAACCCAGGAUCAUACCGUAGCUCCUCUUACACGCCUCAAGAUGUUCCUGAAUCACCUUAAUGAACAGUGAAGAUAAUCAAAGAUAAAUUGUUGUGGAAAAGUC